GAGUGUCAUAUGCCUUUGAUGUGCAUCUGAUGUGCAGGGAAGAAUAUAAAGAGGGAUGUAUAAUCGCCAAUACUUAUUCCGCCAAUUCCUCCUCCUUUCUACAACUCAUACCUCAUAUUCCAAUAAGUCGUUUACCGAAUACUUAGUCCUCCCAUCCAGCCAACAAUGCAUCACACUCAGCUUUUCAUCACCUCUCUUCUGACCCUCCUCACUCUUCCCCUCUCCGCUUCUUCCCAAACAGUUUACCUAAUUCGUCAUGGAGAAAAGCCCGCAAACGGCGACAAUGGCCUCAGUGCCCUCGGUCUCCAGAGAGCACAAUGCCUUCGCAAUGUCUUUGGUAAUGAGAGCAUUUAUGAUAUCAAAUAUAUAAUGGCUAUGACACCUCAGAAGAAUGGAGACCGAACGCGUCCCCUUGAGACAGUGCAACCCCUGGCCACGGAUCUUGGUAUCACAGUUGAUAUCUCAUGCGACAGAGAUGAUACAGAUUGUGUAGCCAAUACUAUCAAUGGAUAUGAAGGAGAAGGAAACAUACUGAUUAGCUGGCAACACGGUGCGUUGACUGAUAUUGCCAAGGCUUUAGGCGAUGAGAAUGCGCCGAAAUGGAAGAAACAUUCAUACGAUACUAUCUGGACACUUCCAGAGCCAUAUACCGAUAUUACCGAGAUGACAUCCGAGAAUUGUCCCGGAUUAGAUGAUAAUUAGAAAUGGGCACGAAAGAAAGCAGAUUCGUGCCGGAUCGAAAUAUAGAUCAGAGUACAAAUUGCUUUUUGGGUGGUUGGUUUUGAGAAAUGCCUUAUUAUAGAGGAGAAGAAGGUUGGAUAUAGCGAGGAACUAGAUUAUAUAAUUAGGGGUGUGAUUAAAUUAGAGUUGCGAAAUGACCGUCAAAAUUGUUAAAAGCACGCACCUGCUUAGUCUGACAUAUCCUUAUUACAGUCUCUUUUGUAGGAUAGUAUAGUUUUAUAUAGGAAUCAAAAUAAUUUUUAAUACUCUCA